AACAAAAUAGUGGCUGGCAGGCGCAAACCCUAGACUGCUUAUAUACCUGAAGAAGACUCUCUUCCUCCCUCCCAUAACGCCGCAGCAGUACCUCGGUAUUCGUCAUCGGGGCUCUCCUUGCAUCUUGAAGCAGCAGCAGCUUAUUAGCUAAGAUGGGUCGUGUUCGUACCAAGACAGUGAAGAAGUCUUCACGCCAGGUCAUUGAGAGGUACUACUCUAAAAUGACCUUGGAUUUCCACACCAACAAGAAGAUUUUGGAAGAGGUUGCUAUCAUCCCCUCGAAGCGUCUCCGCAACAAGAUUGCUGGGUUCUCUACCCAUCUAAUGAAGCGUAUUCAGAAGGGACCAGUUCGUGGCAUCUCACUGAAACUACAAGAGGAAGAGCGUGAGCGUCGCAUGGAUUUCGUGCCUGAGGAGUCUGCCAUUAAGAUCCAUGAGAUUAAGGUUGACAAAGAGACCAUUGACAUGCUUGCCGCUCUUGGGAUGUCAGAUGUUCCUGGGCUUGUUGAAGUUGAGCCUCAGCCUAUGCUUCCCACUCAGGGAUUCGGUAGAGGAGGUGGUGCUAGGAGGUUCUUGAGUUAAAUUAACCUCCAUAGGAUGUUCGAGUGCAAGAACUUUAAAUAUCUUGUCUUGUCUUUUUUUAGUGCUCGCUUUCAGUGUCUGUUAUGGAUAUUACCCUCAGUGGGUAUUGGUACUUGAUUGUUAAAAACUGGAGAUUUAGUUGAUUUUGCUGUUAAAGAAUGAUAUUUUUAGUUGAUUUAAA